UAACAACACGAUCACAAUUCAGCUGUGCUGCUAGUGGGGACAGCUUCUCCGCUCCAAAUCUCCUGGACAUAAGCCGAAGAAUGCGCCUUUUGUUUGCUGCAAAAACAAACUUUUUGCUCUGCUAACGCGAACUUUCCACUUGGACGACGACAGUACAAGACUGACUUUCAUUCAUCGCUGCUUACACGCAUAACAUCUGUUGUCUAGUAGCACGUUGGCUACGGAAAGUUUUCUAAAACAGAAACGGCUGUUUAACCACAACGCCUUCAGAAAUAUUCCUUUAGAAAAUGAAUCACAGCUACGGAACCAAAGCUGAAAUGGUGCCCGGCCCCGAAGUAACGGCUGCGGCUAAUUUUGUUUCUAGACUGCUGAGGACAAGAGGCUAUCUCAGCGAGCAACAGCUUCAGGUUUUCAGAGACUGUCUUCAGGAAGCAUUAUCAGAACAUUACCAGCACCACUGGUUCCCCGACAGACCACAGAAGGGAUCUGGUUACCGCUGUAUCCGUAUUAAUCACGAAAUGGACCCUAUAAUUGCUAAAGCUGCAAUCAGGAUCGGACUGGCUAGCGAGCAGCUGUUCGCGCUUCUGCCACGGGAGCUGACCCUCUGGGUUGACCCUUUCGAGGUGUCCUACCGCAUCGGAGAAGAUGGUUCUAUAUGCGUCUUGUAUGAAGCGGAGCCCCCCGUCGCCAGCCCGGCCACCAACAACCGCAGUGCUUCCCCUUUUGAACAGACUUUAAAUUGCAAAAAUCGGUUUCUGAUGGGUGGUCGCACGAGCCCUCCAAAAAACUACCUGAUGACCGUGUCCAGCUAAGGCGAGAGACCAUCGUGAGGCACUGAAGACUGGUGAUGUGACUUGGUGUACGCUGUCGACCACCCUCGGUAUAUUGAGUAAAUUCCUGGAAUCUGGGCAUCUGUAGAUAUUCUAACCCCUCUUUGUAAUUUAACUUAAUUAUUUAAACGUAAACUGACAUUUCAAAAGCACUGCUAUUAUUCAUUGAGGAGUGGUCCCACUUGGCUCAUUGCAUUUAGUUAGACUUGGGAAUAUUGUCAUGCGUUUUUUGCACUACUGGUACUUCCUGGGUCCAGUGUGCGUCUAUCGACGAUACAUGCACGCCAAAAUUAAGCUGGGACCUUGUACAAAACCAUGAACACUGGGGCUGGCAAUAUUUCCUCUUGAGUGCAAUGAGCCUAUAUACUUCCCACAUUCAGGAACACACAAACAAGCUCAAAAAUAGGCUAAUUGGAGUGAAGGUAUUCUCAGGCACCCAGUGAUCUUUUUUUGUUUGGCAAUGUUUUUCUUUUCUUUUCUUGUGUCAAUCAAAUGGGAGCGGAAGUUCACCAUUUGCAGGGUGGACUGCUUGAGGUCCCAUUAAUAAGCACCAGCUGCAUUUCUGUGUACCUCCUGCCUUAACUGUAAUGUGACCAUCUCUCGAGUCUUGAAUAAUGACUAUUUUUAUUUUGUUUCUUUUGCCAAACUCAUUCCAAUGCUGUCGUGCAAUAUUUUACAGUGUUCCAAAAAAUGGGUUUGCUAAUGUCCCUUUGAGCUGUUCUGAAUCUUGAAAUUUACUUCAAUUCAUUGUGAUGAUUUUCAAAAAAGCUAAGACACCAAGGCUUUGUUGGAAGGUGAUGGGUUUCUCUCUUGUUUCCUUUUGGAAACAAAUUGAAUGUUUUUAAGGGAGGACUGAAUUAUUCUCUCCCCCCAGACUAAGUUGCUGUUAUUGUCAAGUGAACUAAUGCUGUGAGGUGGUUGGUUGCCAAUGCGCCUGUUUUCACUGCCAGUGUGAGAUGUUCUCAUUCUCUGUAGCAUUUUCUCCAACAGGGCUGUUGAGCAGCUCUGUUCUUGUUUACCUUUUUUUCUAGAUGGAGAUAAAUGUAGUUUGUAAGCUAUUUUAAGCACAGUAUGCUUUCUAAAUGUACAUUCUUUUUAAAAAAAUGACCUUGUGCAUAUAUAUAGAUCUGUACAGUUUUUGGGCAGUUUUAUUACAAUAAACCUUUUAUGAAUUUUAA